CGCUCCAGAAGGUGGGGUUACCUACCGCAGAAAGUUGAAGAGCAACAUCACUACUGGAGUACGGUUGCAGAUCAACAUCACUGUUGCUUCGGUUUAACAGGGCAGGUCGACACUUUUGAACCCAUUGUCAAAAGGCUACACUUUCCAACGAGCAGGUGUCUGUCUACAAUUCGGCUAUACAUCUUCCACAUCAAGAUGUUGGCGUGCACAAAGAUGAUCACUAUGUGCCUUCAGUCGGCGAAAAAUAAGCAUAUUCGCUCUCAGCAGGAACAACCGCAGCCACUGCAUAGCCCUGUUAAUGGACUUCCAAUUUUCAAAGAUAUUUUCUGCCGCGCUGACAAAAACGAUGAUGGAAAACUGUCGUUUGAUGAGUUCAAUGCUUAUUUCGCAGACGGGAUUCUCACCACUGAGGAGUUGCAGGAGCUCUUCUACUCCAUAGAUGGGCGGCAGAAUAACAACCUAGAUACCGACAAACUAUCAGAUGACUUUGCUCAACACUUGGGGGGAUAUGUGAAUGUCCUCUCUGCUCUGGAGAUCCUAAAUGUUGCCAUCUUGGAGGCUAUGAACAAAACUAAAAAGGAGUACCAGGACUCCUCUGUGCUGGGACAGUUUGUGACCCGCUUCAUGCUGAGGGAGACCUCCAGCCAGCUGCUCUCUCUCCAAAUGUCCCUGCAGUGUGCCAUGGAGGCCGUGGAAGAGCAGAGCAGGCCCGCACCGAGAGCGGUGGAGGUGGUGGAGCAUCCCUCAGCGCAGAGAAACAGCAGACGAUGUGGCCGCAAGUUUCAGAAGAACAUGUGCCUCUCCGCUACCCACCCCUACUCAGGCAUCCUCACUACAGGAGUGACCAUGGAGAUUGAUGACCACUGGUGCUCCCAGAUCAACAGGCUCCAGCAGCUAUUGGACAAGCUGGAGAGGCAGGGUCCAAAGUUGGAACCUCUGAAAGAAGAUACGCUGGCCAGUACAUACAAAUCUAACAUCCUGCUGGUGCAGACGCAGAUGACGGCAACGGAGGACCUCGAGGAGUUCCAGAAGCUGCUCAAGAGCUAUGUGGAUGCCACGUCUAACCACAGCGACAACUUGCAUGUGUCUAUCCAGAAGCUCGAGGGACAGUCGUGCUACAUAAUGUAUGAGUUUUGGCAGGAUCGUAUCUCCUGGAUGAGCCACCUGCAGUCCAAUGCCAGUAAGAAAUUCCAGCACUGUGUCAUUGAUACAUUGGAGGAUUCCGAGCUUGUGUCUACCAUGCUGCUCCCAGCAUCCUGGUGGAUUAUGACUGACUAACUAGCAGCAGACCAUGUAUCCCGCCCCCACAUACACACAACACAACCUCAAGACAAGAAAUUCAACAUUUCAUCCAAGUGUUUCGGUUCAAAGCUACCGGACACGGAACACUGCAUUAAAACAGCAUCUUGCGGCAUCUUUCUUAUGUACCAGUCAAAAGUUUGCACACACCUACUCAUUCAAGGGUUUUUCUUUGUUUUGACUAUUAUCUACACUGAAUAAUUAUAGUGAAGACAUCAAAACUAUGAAUAACACAUAUGGAAUCAUGUAGUAACCAAAAAAGUGUUAAACAAAUCAAAAUAUAUUUUAGAUUUUAGAAUCUUCAAAGUAGCCACCCUUUGCCUUGAUGACAGCUUUGCACACUCGUGGCUACCUAAUGAAGCUGGUUGAGAGAAUGCCAAGAGUGUACAAAGCUGUCAUCAAGGCAAAGGGUGGCUACUUUCAAGAAACUAAAAUGUAACAUAUAUUUUGAUUUGUUUAACACUUUUUUGGUUACUACAUGAUUCCAUUUGUGUUAUUUCGUAGUUUUAAUGUCUUCACUAUUAUUCUACAAUGUAGAAAAUAGUACAAAUAAAGAAAAAGCCUUGAAUGAGUAGGUGUGUCCAAACUUUGGACUGGUACUUUAUAUACAUCAUAUUUUUCUCUUUAAUCCUACUAGUCACCUAGAAAUGUUAAGAAGUUGGCUUCAGCUAGCCGAGGUAGGUUCCCAAUCUCCCAAACUCAUAACUACGGUAGCUACCAAGGAGCUGGACAAGCUAGCUACUCUAUCUUAACUGGCAUGCCUGCUGGCAAGGUUGGUAGACUUUAAAAAAGCAUGCAAUUACUAAAUGUGCUGAAUAAGACUCAGAUUCCUUUCAAUCUUUUACCCAUAUUUUAGAAGUGAUACAGAGAAGCAUAUUUAGUUUCUUUAAAAAAAAAUAGCCACCAGUUAAGGAGGUACAGACAGCAUUAGGCAUAACGAUUAUGGCUCUAGAUUGCACAAAAAGCUGUUUCAGGUGUUUGAAAAAUGCAAAAUUCUCCAACCCCCAGCCAUGCUCAAGGUGAAUGGCGCCCCUGCCAUCGACUAAGACUGGUCAUUACCGUAAUGUGCUGUUUGUUUGAAAAAAAGGGGCAAAGAAAAAGCAGCAGACAUGAAAGUGAUUCGCAAAAGCCAAUGGCGAUUCUUUUUUAAAGCUAGAAUUCAUCACAUGGCUUGAAUCAAAAGACACUCUAGUUUAGUCAUAGUGCAUUUCAACAGCAUGAAGAUAUUCUAUAGUUACUGCAAUAUGAUGCAUGCUUUUUAAUGACUUGCUAGAUUUAACUUACUUAUUCUUCAGUAUAAUUGAAGAGAACAACUGGGGCUAGCAGUUUAAAAUGCAUGCAGACCAACGUUUCACAGAGUCUCUGAAAUGUGUCACUUUGCAUUUUCGCUGCAUAGCCUGAAGAGAAUGUCUUUCCAUAGAUAGGAACCAAUCUGUGAUGUUGUGUUAUGAAUGCUGAAUGGUUCCUACUGUUGGGUGGCGGAGGUAUUGAUGUUGCACCCCUCUGAUUUGAGUGGUGGAGGUAUUUAUGUUCCACCCUGCCACGCAAUCUUUUUAUAGUUACGUUUUCUCGUGGUAAUGUUUGUUUGAGUUACGUUGCCCGUCUUUUUAAAGGAGUUUGUCCCAGAUAUUUUACCUGUUUAAAGAAUGUAUGUAUCAACAUAGAUAUAUCGUAGUAAUUCAUUUUCCCCCAAUUUUUCCAUAGUUGAAUUUAUUUAAUUUGGAAGAUAAUAAUAAUAAGCGAAUCAGGCAUAUUCAUGUGUAUAUGGAUGUGUUGUCAUUGUGCUUUUGUUGUUAAUUAAGUAUCUUUUUCAUGUAGAAAUUCAAUAUGUUAAUUUUAAUAAAAGUCCAUGGCCAGUCA